CAGUACCCCGACAGAACACUAAACGAACUUCAUACUCUCAACAACCCAAAAAAAAUCCCAUAAAGGCUUCUGUUUUGGUUCAUAAUCCUCCAAAUGUUCCUCUCGUUUCGAUUAGAGGCGGAGUCCGUUGGCUUUGGAUGACUGGAGUGGCUGAAGGUCGCCAGUAGAAUUACCCCGUCCUGAAUUUCACCAAGAGGGGAUCCACCUGCAAAGAAAUAAUUGGAGAACUUAGUAGAAACUCGAGUGUUUGCCCCGCACUGUUUUUGACAAAGUGAACAGAGACCACUUGGAAUGGAUUACUAGUGUUUUGCUCCUCGUAUGCCUGCUCCUCCUGGCCCGCAGCGUGAGACGCAGGACGGUGAGUCAUUGGAAGUGAGAGAAAAGGACACCAUAAGGCAAGAAAGGAGAAGAAACUGGCGAAAAAUCGGAUGAUUUCUGCAUCCCAUAAAAUGGAUGCAGAAAAAUCAGCGAAGGAAGGGAAGAUGGUCCAUCGGGGGAUCUACCUCACCUGUGUGCUGACCCCCUGCCGCGCCCUGGGGGUGUGUGUGACGCUGAUGACCCUGGUGGCUAUGGGAGCCGCCGUCUGGGCCGUAGUCACGUACUGCACCAUGGAAGAAGAUACAGGACUUUAUGAAGUUCAGGUCAACUCUGCCGACCAGCAUCUCCAGGUCUUUGACUCCGCCCAGAACAGAUGGCGGCAGGUAUGCUCCUCCUCAGCCAAUGAGCUUCUGGCUAGCAUAAGCUGCGAGGAAGUUGGCUUCGUCAGUGUAGUGAACUACUCUGUCGCGUCGGUCCCAGAAGGGAGCAGCGAUCCUGGUGACUUUUUCUGUGUCAAACCGGAAGAGCUGAGCUAUGGCAAGAAGAUCAGAGACUCCUUGUUCCCAUGUGACUGCGAGAGCAGGGAGGUUCUGACACUGUUGUGCCAAGACUGCGGCCGGCGCAGUCUGACGGAGGACCGCAUCGUGGGGGGUCUUGACUCGCGGCAGGGCAGCUGGCCCUGGCAGGUCAGCCUGCGGUACGACGGGGUGCACCAGUGUGGCGGGUCCCUCAUCUCAGACCGCUGGAUCGUGUCUGCGGCGCACUGCAUCCGUGAACGGUUCCGCUCUGUGUCCCGCUGGCGCGUGCUGCUGGGCUCCGUCUACAACAACCCCGCCAACGCCACCGUGGUGGAGGUGAAGACCAUCGUCUACCACAGCAGCUACCUGCCCUUCGUGGACGCCAACAUCGACGACAACAGCCGAGACCUCGCUGUGCUGGCCCUCUCCCAGCCCAUCGCCUUCUCAGAAUAUAUUCAGCCCCUCUGUCUUCCCACCUACGGCCAGAGACUGAUUGACGGACAGAUGGGGACAGUAACAGGUUGGGGAAACGUCGGUUAUAACGGUCAUCAAGCCAAUGUCCUGCAGGAGGCCAACGUGCCCAUCAUCAGUGACACGACCUGCAACGCCCCCGAUUACUACGACAACCAGAUCACCACCAGUAUGUUCUGCGCUGGCUUCGAGAAGGGUGGCACAGACUCCUGCCAGGUCGGGGGACAGCGGGGGGCCUUUCGUGGCCCCAGACUGCCUCUCGAAGACCAGCCGCUACCGCCUGCUGGGGGUGGUGAGCUGGGGGACCGGCUGUGCCACGGCCAAGAAGCCCGGCGUGUACACACGGGUUUCCCGCUUCCUGCCCUGGAUCUCCACCGCUCUGAGGAAUUACCACAACUCACCAGGCGUUCACAAGAUGUCUCGCACAUGAGGAGAACGGACCCUUGCAUCUCGUUCUACUGAUCUGGGAGGAGGAAGAGCGUGAGUGACCUCGUACUGUAGCUGAUUGGAUGAAAAAAAAAAGGUGUGCUUCCUUUUCUAAGCAUGAGUUUCUUGCGUCACCCUCACAGAUUUUCACGGCAUUCACAGCAUUUAGAUUUGUGAAAAAUAAAGAAUAAAUAUGGCUGUUUGCGCUAAUUUUGUUCCAAAGAACUGUUAGAAGUCAACCGGUUACAAACCCUUUCAUGAUGUAUAUAGAUAACCCAACCCAGUUUGCUUUUAUUUACCAUUUUAAAUGCCAUGGUCAAAUAAUGAACACACUCAAUGGCAUCUUGAUUCGCUCUCCAAAUCCCGUUUUGAAAGCGGUUGUGAGAUCCUGAUGCAAAGAGAGAUGUUUUCUCCGUCUAAACAGGCGUGAACCGUUGUAUGUGGGAUGCAUGAAUGUAACACACAAUCAAUCUAGGGUGACUUGAGAUAGGUUUUUUGUGUAGAAAGCCUUCCUCACGGUAGCGUUGUCAAGUCACACUGUCAAAAGCAAUGUAAGCUGGAACCCCCUGGUCACUCUGUGACCACCGCCCACGUUCAGGGAUUGUGCAGACCAUGGGUGUGGUGCAGAUAGAAAGCUGUGUGUGUGUGUGUGUGUGUGUGUGUGUGUGUGUGUGUGUGUGUGUGUGUGUGUGUGUGUGUGUGUGUGUGUGUGUGUGUGUGUGUGUGUGUGUGUGUGUGUGUGUGUGUGUGUGUGUGUGUGUGUGUGGAAACAGGCUGAGGCGGUGGUGAAGGUGUUGAGCCCUUCAUAUUUAGAAUCUGGAUACAAUCUAGAUUUAAAAAAAAAUGCAGAAUCCACAUAUUUUUCACGUAUUAAUAGGGCUGAUGAUAUUGAAUGAUAUAAAAUCUCUUGUUUGAACAGGGCUAAUAACACUAAAUGAGGAUAUAUAAUCUUAUGCAUUCAGUCUUAUUUUCGGAUACAUUGCAGAGAUUGAAGCUCAUGUUCAAUUUACUUUGUAACAAUUAGCAUUACGCAAAUGUACCAAAUAUAAUUUUCACCAACCACAUCUUGAGCGAACAAUAUCACAUCUAUGUAGGAGUUAAUAUGGUAAUACGUAUAAUACAUAUCUGAUAUGGAAUAUUUUCUAACUUGUCAACAGUAAUGUGAAUGUGUAAUAAAGCGUGGAUUAUCUGACGAAAGGGUUCUACUUUACAAUGUAGAACACAGCAGGAGCCACUGUAGCCCUAUGAUGAUAAGCUCGUUAAAUCUUCAUUUUGUGUAUUGAGCGUAAUUCUGAACUACUGUGAUUGAUGGUCGACGGGACCUUUUUUAGCAAAGGAGUCAUGGAAGCAGGGUCAUUCUUUUUUAAGGAAUUAUUUUUGAUAACACACAAUUUCAGAACAGGAGCCACAGUUUAUAAGGAAGAUUUUAAUAGCAUUUUUAAGAAACAAAAGUUAAAGAAGUGCAGCAAUGAUUAUUUUUGACAAUGGAUUCUUUACAUUUCAAUAAAUGAUGUUCCGAUAGUGUCCCCUAAUGUGAUUGAUUAAAAACAACUAUGAUGUUCACAAUUUGUAUUAUUCUUGAAGCAGAAUGUUGUUACUGAGUUUUUAUUCGUCAUUGAUUUUUCAAGAUGUUAUGUUGAGUAUGGUAAUAAAGGCCUUAAUUU